GGGCGGGGCCGGCUGAGGGAGGCACAAAGAUGGCGGCGGGUGCGGCGGGAGUUGUUGCCAUGGCGGCCCGCGGGAGGGCCCCCGCCGACGGGACGCUGUGUCCGGCCGCCGGGCGCGGGGGGCUGUGAGCAGGCCCCGCCAUGCCCCAGGCCUCGGAGCACCGCCUGGGCCGCGCCAGGGACCCCGGUGCCGGUGCCGUGGUGACCGCGCAGCCCCGGGCGGGCUCCCGCCUGCCCAGCGGGCACCGAGCGCUGAGCCAGGAGCGCCGCGCCCCCAACGGGCUCUCCCCCGCCCCCAAACCGCGCCUGCUGCCCCCGGCCCCCCCGCCCCGAAGACCCCCGGCCCAAGAAGCUGGAGCUGGAGCGGGCCGGGCGGCCAAACGGGGGACCCCGCCCCCGCGGGCCGGGGACGCCGGGCCGCUCAAGGCCGAUCACGGCGUGAGGGUGCCGGGGGCCCCGCAGGUGCCCGGCAGCGCCUCCUUGCUGCCCAGCGCGGCCGAGCGCCGCCGGAGCAACCUGGCCCGCUCCAAAUCCAUCAGCAUCGGCGACCUGACCGCCGAGGACGUGGCGGUGGCGCUGAGCCGGUUGGUGCUCAGGGACUGCGGGCACCCGCUGGGUGCGGGCGCGCUGGCGCUGCGCAAGUCCUCGCUGCGCAGGGUCACCGUGGCCACCGGGGCGCCCCGCGCCGCCCGAGCCCGCGUUCGCCACGGCCCCGGCAGCCCCGCGCCCGGCCGCACCGAGGACAAGGCGGCCGCGACCCACCACACGCUGCUGCUGGGCUCGGGCCACGUGGGCCUCAGGAAUUUGGGCAACACGUGCUUCAUGAACGCCGUGCUGCAGUGCCUGAGCAGCACCAAACCCCUGCGGGAUUACUGCCUGCGCCGCGACUUCCAGCAGGAGCAGCCCCCCGGGCCCCGCGCCCCCCAGGAGCUCACCGAAGCCUUCGCCGAUGUCAUCGCCGCCCUCUGGCACCCCGACUCCUCCGAGGCCGUCAACCCCGGGCGCUUCAAGGCCGUGUUCCAGAAAUACGUGCCCUCCUUCACGGGCUACAGCCAGCAGGACGCGCAGGAAUUCCUCAAGUUCUUCAUGGACCGGCUGCACGUGGAGAUCAACAGGAAGGGCCGGCGCACGCCCAGCAUCCUGUCGGACACACGGAGAGCCCCGGCCCUGGAGGACCCCGAAACGCUCAGCGACGACGAGCGCGCCAACCAGAUGUGGAAGCGCUACCUGGAGAGGGAGGACAGCAAGAUCGUGGAUCUCUUUGUGGGGCAGCUGAAGAGCUGCCUCAAGUGCCAGGCCUGCGGCUACCGCUCCACCACCUGCGAGGUGUUCUGCGACCUCUCGCUGCCCAUCCCAAAGAAAAGCUUUGCCGGGGGCAAGGUCUCGCUGCACGACUGCUUCAGCCUCUUCACCAAGGAGGAGGAGCUGGACUCGGAGAACGCCCCGGUGUGUGACAAGUGCCGGCAGCGCACGCGCAGCACCAAGAAGUUGACGAUCCAGCGCUUCCCACGCAUCCUGGUGCUCCACCUGAACAGGUUCUCCACCACGCGCUACUCCAUCAAGAAAUGCUCCGUCUUCGUGGACUUCCCGCUGCAGCAGCUCAACCUGCGCGAGUUCGCCAGCGAGAAGGCGGGCAGCCCUGUCUACAGCCUGUACGCUCUGUGCAACCACUCGGGCAGCGUGCACUACGGGCACUACACGGCUUUCUGCCGCGACCCCGCCGGUUGGCGCGUCUACAACGACUCCCGCGUCUCGCCCAUCAGCGAGAACCAGGUGCCGUCCAGCGAGGGCUACGUGCUGUUCUACGAGCUGGAGGAGCCGCCCGGCCGCAGAGCCUGAGAGCCCCGCGCGGAGCCGCCUGCGGGCCGGGGCUGCGGGGAACGCCCGGGACCCUGCCCCGGGACACCCCGGGAACCCCCCGGGACCCUGCCCCGGGAACCCCCGGGAGCCCCCCGGACCCGCGGAGAGGGGGGUGCGGGGGGAGCGGCCGCAGCCCGCGCGGCCCUGGGGGGUUUUGUGAAUAAAUUUAUUAAAA